CUCUAGUGAGGUAGUGAGUAAAGCUGUUGUGAGAGUUGUGUACCUUCACCCCAGAUGGCAGUAGAGUAAGAAUUGCGACGAGCACGCUGACUUCCGACUGAGUCGAGGAAUUAUCUCUUUGCUCAGCGCCCUCGAACCGUCAAAAUGUGAGACACGCAACACAGUUUUAUUUUACUGCGUACCACCUAGUUCUUUCUGCUCGACUCAUCCCAACACUAGUUACUAGGGAAGUAAGAUAGACACUUCUGUUAUAAAACAUGUUUAUGAUUGUAGCGACAUGCAAACAUGCCUGCAAUAAAUUCCCGCCAAAUUCUUCUCGUCUGUUUUGACAAACGCUAAUAUUGAAUAACUUUUGUACAUACAAAUUGAAUUUGCCGAUAAUUAAAGAAUGGAUACCGGUAAUACUCAAACUGCUCGUAUACGUGUACCUGAUGAAGUUGGAAUUAAAUGUCAGAAAUUGUUCCAAGAUUUUUUAGAAGAGUUUAAAGAAGAUGGAGUUGUAAAAUAUCUUGCCCCAGCAAAAGAGCUUGUAAGUCCAGAGCAUAGUACAUUAGAAGUGACUUUUGACGAUGUAGAUGAAUACAAUCAAGUACUUUCAACAACUAUAGUUGAAGAAUAUUACAGAGUUUACCCAUAUCUGUGUCAGGCGGUAUAUAAUUUUGUUAGAGAUGUAUCAGACUUAAGGAAAGAAAAAGAAUGUUAUGUAAGUUUUAUAGAAGUACCAACUAGGCAAAAAUUAAGAGAAUUAAAUGCAUCAAAAUUGGGUACACUUAUACGCAUAUCUGGACAAGUAAUACGAACACAUCCUGUUCAUCCAGAAUUAGUAAAUGGAACAUUUGUUUGCAUGGAUUGUAAUACAGUCAUAAAAAAUGUUGAACAACAAUUUAAGUUCACAAAUCCAACAAUUUGUCACAAUCCAGUUUGUAGUAAUAGACGACGUUUUAUGCUAGAUGUAGAUAACUCAGUAUUUGUAGAUUUUCAAAAAGUCAGAGUACAAGAAACUCAAGCAGAAUUACCUAAGGGCUGUAUUCCACGCUCACUCGAAGUAAUUUUAAGAUCUGAAGCAGUAGAAACUAUACAAGCAGGGGAUAGAUAUGACUUUACAGGAACUGUGAUAGUUGUACCAGAUGUUGGAGUUCUUUCCCUUCCUGGUAUAAAAGCAGAUGUUAGCGCAAGACGUCAAAAACGAACUGCUGAACAAGGGGAAGGAGUAACAGGCCUAAAAGCAUUAGGAACUAGAGAACUGACAUAUAAGACUGCCUUUCUGGCAUGUAGUGUUACACCAACAAGCUUCAGGUUUGGUGGAACGGAAGCAAACAUGGAAGAAAUAUCACAAGAAAUGAUGAAAAAGCGAAUGACAGAGGCAGAGUGGAAUCGUAUAUAUGAAAUGAGUCGUGAUAAGAAUCUUUAUCAGAAUCUCGUUAAUAGCUUAUUUUCUUCGGUACACGGCAAUGAUGAAGUUAAGAAAGGGAUUACCUUAAUGCUAUUUGGUGGAGUUCCAAAGACAACAUUAGAAGGCACAUCAUUACGAGGAGACAUAAAUUGUUGUAUUGUUGGUGACCCUAGUACAGCAAAAUCUCAAUUCUUAAAAAGUGUUACUGAAAUUACUCCGAGAGCAAUUUACACUUCAGGAAAAGCAUCUUCAGCAGCUGGUUUAACAGCUGCUGUAGUAAGAGACGAAGAGUCUCCUGAUUUUGUUAUAGAAGCUGGUGCUUUAAUGCUCGCAGAUCAAGGUAUUUGUUGCAUAGAUGAAUUUGAUAAAAUGGAACCCAAGGAUCAAGUGGCGAUACACGAAGCUAUGGAACAGCAAACAAUUUCAUUAGCUAAGGCUGGUGUUAGAGCAACUCUAAAUGCUCGUACAUCGAUAUUAGCUGCAGCAAAUCCUGUUGGUGGACGAUAUGAUAGAAAGAAAUCAUUACAACAAAAUGUUCAAUUAACAGCUCCUAUUAUGUCUAGAUUUGAUUUAUUUUUCAUAAUAAUUGAUGAAUGUAACGAAAUUGUGGACAAUGCAAUUGCCAAAAGAAUAAUUGAUUUACAUUGUGAUAAUUUUCAAGAUUUUGAAACUGUAUACUCACAAUCCGAGAUUGUGAGGUAUAUUAAUUUUGCUAAACAUUUUAAACCUCUGUUAAACCAGGAAGCUGCAGAUUUCUUAAUUGAUAGUUAUACAACACUUAGACAGAGGACUGGUACUGGUUCUGGAAAAUGGAGAGUUACUGUUCGACAAUUAGAAAGUCUUAUUAGGUUAUCAGAAGCUAUGGCUAAAUUAGAAUGUUCAGAUGAAGUUACAGUAAGGCACGUCAAAGAGGCGAAACGUUUAUUAAGUAAAAGUAUUGUUACUGUUGAACAACCAGACAUAGAUCUAGAAGAAAACGAAGAUGAAAAUAUGGAUGUCAAUACAGAUGAUGCUCCACCACUUAUGGCUGCUCUAAAUGCAUUAGAUAGUACUGACGAUAACACAACUAAUGCACAAGAAACACAGGACCUACACAAAAAAAAGUUAACAAUGUCUUUUGAAGAAUACAAGAAUUUAUCUAAUAUGUUAAUAUUGUAUAUGAGAAAUGAAGAAACUCGCGCUGAAACAUUACCUACAGCCGACACCAAAGGCGGGUUAAGAAAAACAGAAUUAGUGGCUUGGUACCUCGAUCAAAUACAGGACCAAAUAGAUUCAGAAGAAGAGUUACUAGAAAGAAAAAAUUUCAUUGAAAAAAUUAUCGAUAGAUUAACGUAUCAUGAUCAAAUUAUAAUACCCCUUCACACUGGUCUUAAAGGAAAAGAUGAAGAAGACGACGAUGAUCUUUUACUUGUUGUACACCCUAAUUACAUUAUUGAUGUUUAAACUGUAACACUAAGGUUUUUCAAAAAUAAUAGCAAAUAGAGGUAAAGUGAAAAUAAAAUAAUGUUUAUUAUCUGAUUAGUAAAAAAUUCUUUCUGUCUUAUAGCAAUAAAAAAACUGAAAAAUAUGAUAUCACAAUAUGUGCAUUUUUCUGUAUAAUAAAAUGAAAUUUUAUCUUUACUUGCUAUGCUUUCAAUUCUGAAGUUACUCAAAUUAAUUUAAAAAAGAAAUGAAUGAGCGCUACUACUUUAAGUACAUAGUACUUCAGCAUUUUUUUUAUGUGUUAAUUAUCAUUUUUUUCUUGAAUUGUUAUUUCAUUGAGAGGAUUAAUUAACUGGGAAGGAUGACCAAUUUGUUUAUUGGUGUGAUUGUUAAAAAUAGUUGAAGAGCAAUAAGCAAUUAUAUCUCUAUGUGUAAUGUUUAGGUGUGUAAUUCUAGCAGUUCAAGGUUAUUUCUCAAGUUUACUGUUGACCACAGAAUUUUGUUUAACAUGGAAUCUUAGUCCCUGGUUGUUACAACUCAUAGUUGAUGGUUCUGAAUAUGGUAUUGGGUGAGACUUGUGUAUUACUAUAACUGAUCGGUCGUAAGACAUUCUGCAAAUUUGUAGAUCAUG